CAAAUCAACUUCAACAUGGCUGAAGCAGCAGUGAAGGACCAGGGUGAGAAAAAGGAGAACCCCAUGAGGGAGCUGCGCAUCCGCAAACUCUGCCUGAAUAUCUGUGUCGGAGAGAGUGGAGAUAGACUGACCAGAGCUGCCAAGGUGCUGGAGCAGCUCACAGGGCAGACCCCUGUUUUCUCCAAGGCCCGCUACACUGUGCGAUCCUUCGGCAUCCGCAGAAAUGAAAAGAUUGCUGUCCACUGCACCGUCCGUGGAGCCAAAGCAGAGGAGAUCCUGGAGAAAGGUCUCAAGGUGCGUGAGUACGAGUUGAGGAAAAACAACUUCUCUGAUACCGGAAACUUUGGCUUCGGCAUCCAGGAGCACAUUGAUCUGGGCAUCAAGUACGACCCCAGCAUCGGUAUCUACGGACUGGACUUUUACGUGGUUCUGGGCCGACCCGGCUUCAGCAUUGCCGACAAGAAGCGGAAAACAGGCGUCAUCGGCUACAAGCACCGCAUCAAGAAAGAGGAGGCCAUGCGCUGGUUCCAGCAGAAAUAUGACGGUAUCAUUCUCCCCGGCAAGUAAAGGACCACCUUUUGAUGUUUAUAACAAAUAAAUGGAAAAAAAUGA